CGUAUUGUCCAACCCCGUUGACCGUUUUAGGGUAGGGUAGUUCAGCCCCCUGCCUCCUCUCAUUGGCUCCAGUAAUAAGUACAGCUCCUUCAGUUCUUCUUGGUUGGCGACGGCAGGGUUUGUUCCAACUCAAGUAACGUGGACAGAAGUUGUCAAAAAGUGCAUGAUUGAGACUUUAUCCCUUUGGAAAUUCAUAUUUGUCAGUCUGAGUGUUGUCAAAAGAAAAAAAGAAAACGCUUGAGAUCAGUCUGUACUGAAGGGAACAAAACGUGACCAGCAGAAAAACCCCCAACCAGAAGACCACUGGAAACUCUACUCCUGUCCUGGACCGUGCUGUCAGCAUGACAGAGAAACCUUCAAUCGACAGCGACGAGGACAGAACCUGGCUGGGUGAAGGCCAGUCUGAAACUCAGCUGGCGAGUGUGGACGGUCCAGAUGGAGUGGAGGCAAACGAUGAAGACCGACCAGCGUGGGACUCAAAGAUCCAGUACGUGUUGGCGCAGGUGGGCUUUAGCGUGGGUUUAGGAAACGUCUGGAGAUUUCCAUACCUUUGUCACCAAAAUGGAGGAGGAGCCUUCAUGCUGCUGUAUGUUUUCCUUUUGCUGGUUGUGGGAGUACCUCUGUUUUUUAUGGAGCUUGCAGCCGGUCAGAGCAUACGACAGGGCAGCAUCGGAGUAUGGAAGCACAUCUCCCCGAAGUUGGCUGGGAUCGGCUACUCCAGCUGCGUGGUCUGUUUUUAUGUGGCUCUUUACUACAAUGUUAUCAUUGCAUGGAGCCUGUUCUACAUGGGUAAUUCUUUCCAGUAUCCCCUGCCAUGGCAUCAGUGUCCCAUCGAUGUAAACACCAAUGACACAGUGAAAGAAUGCGCAAGCAGUUCUCCAACGUCAUACUUCUGGUUUCGGAAAGCUCUAAACAUCACAAACUCUAUUGAAGAGUCUGGAGAGUUCAACCCCAUCAUGACUGGUUGUUUAUUAGCUGCCUGGGCGAUCGUCUCACUAGCAAUGAUCAAGGGCAUCAAGUCUUCUGCAAGGGUGAUGUACUUUUCGUCGGUGUUCCCCUAUGUGGUGCUCUUUAUUUUCCUCAUCAGAGGGCUACUGUUGGAUGGUGCAAUGGAAGGAAUCACAUACAUGUUUUAUCCUAAACUGGAAAUCUGGGGUAAUGUGCAGGUGUGGCGACAGGCAGCUACGCAAGUGUUUUUUGCCCUCGGCUUGGGCUACGGCUCUGUUAUCGCUUAUUCCUCCUAUAAUCCAGUCCACAACAACUGCCACAGGGAUGCGCUGAUGGUCUCUGGCAUCAACUUCAUGACAUCUGUCCUGGCUUCGCUGGUGGUUUUUGUUGUACUGGGUUUCCGGGCCAAGACCAUAGCACUACGCUGUGUGGCUAAAAAUCUUGGUCUGCUAAACAUCAUGGCAUCUGAUGGAUCUACCCAGCACUGGUGGCCUUGGUUCAACAUAAGUGAUCCAAGCUCAGUGUCUAUAGGCGAAUACAGAGAGUGGUACAGUCACUACAGCUCCAUGGUGGGUCCGAACAUCACUGACUGCAGUCUGGAAGAGGAGAUGAGUAAGGGCGUUGAAGGAACAGGCUUGGCAUUUAUAGCGUUCACUGAGGUGAUGGCCCUCUUCCCAGCCAGCCCCUUCUGGUCAACACUGUUUUUCCUCAUGUUGCUUAAUCUGGGCCUCAGCACCAUGUUUGGGACCAUGCAGGGUAUCCUCACACCUCUCAUGGACAACUUCAGCCUGUUGGGGCGCCACCGGACCAAGCUCACAGUGUGCAGCUGUGCUCUGGGCUUUGUGAUUGGACUGUUGUUCACUCAGCGAUCAGGAAACUAUUUUGUCACUAUGUUCGAUGACUACUCUGCCACCCUGCCUUUAAUUAUUGUAGUAAUCUUUGAAACCAUCAGUGUGGCAUGGGUCUAUGGAACAGAUCGUUUCCUGGAUGACAUUGAGGUCAUGCUCAAAUGGCGCCCUCCAGUGGUGUACAAAUACCUUUGGAAAUAUGUUUGUGUGUUUGCAAUGGUAGGCCUUUUGGCUGCAAGUUUCUUGCGUAUGGUCUUUAAAGGACCCACAUAUACCGCCUGGAAUCAAGAGACAGCUUCUGAGAAGACUCUUGCGUACCCUGGCUGGAGCCUGGCAAUGAUUGUCCUGCUCAUAGUGUUUGCUAGUUUGCCGGUGCCUGUUGGCUACAUCCAUUCCAUGCUGCAAAACCGCAGACUUCAACACGGUCACUCUGAGGAGAGAGGCACCCAGGAGAUGCACCGGGAGUUCUACACAAAGUGCAGCUCCACUGAGCAGCUAGAUUCAAACUCCCACCAAGUCCCUCCUGAGGAGGACGAGGGUUUUCCCAGGACUACCUUCCUGCCGACAGGCAAUGAACUGUACCGACUCCUGCCUCAGCAGGAGGACGAGGAUGAAGAACAAGAUACAGGGGUUUGAUCAUGGCUAAAGAGGUUUUUAAAGAAAGAAGACAUGGUUAAAUCUUCAACUUCAGAGUGUUCAAGCAAGACUCUGCAAAGUGAAGGAAGCACAAACAUCAACACAAUUCUAUUUUAUUUGAGGAGCUGUCUUUCAGUAGUUGCUGGUUUUACCACAUUUGGUAAGCUUUGUAAUCAACAUUGUUGACAAUCCAAUUUCUGUUAUUAAUGGAACAUCCAAGGCUUUAAAAGUCUGUAGUUCCACUGCAAUUAUAAUGUCUCCUUCUACCUCAAUUUUCUGAACUGCCUUGUCUUGUUCAGAAAAAAAACUCAAAUGAAAAAGGAAAAGGCUGCAUGUAAAACAAAGGAUAUCUGAAAGGUUUUACAGAAGGAUCACUAGCCACCUGUGUGACAAAUUAGGUUGGUCUAGUGUUUGUGCAGCAUGCUAUCACAACAGCUGAUGAAUUUAGGAACAACUAACAUCAAUAUGCAGCAUCAUAGUGAGUUUUUUUUUCUUUUUAAACUGAAUGACAUGUAUAGGUUUGCAUGAAAACAUUCUACCUUGAGUAAGUAAUGAGUGUCCUCACAAAUAUAGUGUGACACAUCUGUGUGUGACUGGGUGUCUCUCAACAUUUAUGUCAUGAAUGAGUUUUGAAGGAAAUUGAGAGAUGUUAUUUUGAUAGUACAAUAAUGUUAUUUUACAUUGUAUUUGUAUUAUUUUACCUCAUUCGAGUACAGUAAUGUUUUUAGACGUGUUCACACAAAAUUAACCGUUUAUUUUACUGUACUAGAUGUGGACUUAAUUAAACCUCUAGAUGGCAGCAGCCUGACUGUAUGCGCCUUUUUUCACAUUUUCACACAGAAGCAGUAACACCUGAGGUUGUUUCACAG